CCGGCGCCCGUCCCUCCCCGCAAAGUUCCCUCCGGAGCGGCGCCCCCCGCAGGGCUCUCGCCGCUUCCCCCGGCCCGGCGCGGCCGCCGCUCCCCUCCCGCCGGCGCCUGGCGGCGGCCGGGGCUCGGCUGCGCCGCGCUGCCGCCCGGCCGGCGGGAGGUGACGGCGCCGGGCACGGCCGGCUGUGCCGGGGCACGGGAGCAGGUGGCGGCGGCCUCGGGGCCGCGGUGCCUCUCGCCGCCGCCCGCCGGUGGCACCGGGCCUCUCCCGCCGCCUCCGGGCGCAGCGCGCUCCGCGGAGCGGCCGCGCAGGACCUGUUACGCGCAGGCGGCCCGCGGCUCCGCGGGCUCACGGCGCGGCCGGCGGGGCAGCGACACCUGCGGCACUGCCGCGGCCCCGGAGCCCCGCGCGGAGCUCCGCGCCCCUGCUUUGCACCUCUCGCCCGCGCUGCAGGCGUCCAUCCUGUCAGCGCAUGGACCACAGCUUGCAGGAGCAACUCAUGCCCUUUUUUACGUGUUUUCUAAAAAAUUAAUGUCGGGCACUUUUCUACUGCAGCUCCACGCAUUUCCUUAUAUGUUCGUAGACACGCUUCUGUAUUUCCGUAUGCAGGUCCGUCUGUCGUACGUGCGGAUCAAGUAUCUCUUCAUCUCCUGGCUGGUCGUGUUUGUUGGCAGCUGGGUUAUGUAUGUUCAGUACUCCACCUACACAGAACUCUGCAGAGGCCAUGACUGUAGGAAAAUCAUAUGUGAUAAAUACAAGACUGGUGUUAUUGAUGGAUCAGCAUGUAGUAGUCUUUGUGCUAAAGAAACAUUGUAUUUUGGAAAAUGUUUGUCAACAAAGCCUAAUAACCAGAUCUAUUUAGGAAUCUGGGGAAAUCUGCAAAGUGUUAUAAAAUGCCAGAUGGAAGAAGCUGCUCAACUUGAUUUUGGUACUGACCCAGAACCAAGGAAGGAAAUAGUCCUGUUUGAUAAACCAACAAGAGGAACCACUGUUGAAAAAUUCAAAGAAAUGGUAUAUGGUCUUUUUAAGGCAAAACUGGGUGAACAAGGGAACCUUUCAGAACUGGUUAAUCUCAUCCUGUCUUUCGCUGAUGGAAACAAAGAUGGAAGAGUCUCUUUGCCAGAGGCAAAAUCUGCAUGGGCACUCCUGCAGCUAGAAGAGUUUCUGUUAAUGGUGAUCUUGCAGGAUAAAGAACAUACUCCCAAGCUGAUGGGUUUUUGUGGGGAUCUCUACGUGACCGAAAGAGUUGAAUAUACCUCUCUCUAUGGAAUCAGCCUUCCAUGGAUUAUAGAACUUCUCAUUCCCUCUGGCUUCAGAAGAAGCAUGGACCAGUGGUUCACUCCAUCAUGGCCAAGAAAGGCAAAAAUAGCUAUAGGGCUUUUAGAAUUUGUGGAAGAUAUUUUCCACGGACCUUACGGAAACUUUCUUAUGUGUGAUACAAGUGCCAAAAACUUGGGAUAUAACGAAAAAUAUGAUUUGAAAAUGAUGGACAUGAGAAAAAUAGUGCCAGAAAUUAACUUGAAGGAAAUAAUUAAAGAUCGUCAGUGCGACUCAGAUUUGGACUGCAUUUAUGGUACAGACUGUAGAACAUUAUGUGACCAAAGCAAAAUGAGAUGUACCACUGAAGUAAUUCAGCCAAACUUAGCAAAAGCUUGUCAGCUCCUUAAAGACUAUCUGCUUCGUGGUGCUCCUUCUGAUAUCCAUGAAGAACUAGAGAAACAGCUGUACUUGUGCAUUGCCCUUAAAGUCACAGCAAAUCAGAUGGAAAUGGAGCAUUCUUUAAUACUCAAUAACUUAAAAACUUUACUGUGGAAGAAAAUUUCUCAUACAAAUGAUUCGUAGCUUCUCCACCAGCAGAAGAGAAUACAGAUGCCUGCCACUAGAGGUGGCCUAAGACAUUUAAUAAAAAUAAUGUGCACCUUUUUAAAAAGAUAUUUCUUUACUCAGAUUUUAUUAAUGGUUCUUUCAGUCCUGCCCUUCAGUCAGUAACUCAGGACAGGGCUUCUCAAAGAAUGAACAUGCCACUGAAUGACCCGGCAGAGGCUGUUCAGUGCUGUGUUACAGAAACAAGAACUCUGCAUGCUUGACUGUUCUGUGCACUUUGUCAGAUCUUGAACAGGAUGAGUGUUCACUGUGCCACCACAUCAGCUGAGGGAACAUCCUCCAUUUUUGUGAAAAACAUUGUUCACUUGUAAAAUACCUGCAGAGGAUUUUUUCCUAAGUAGUUUUAUGAAGAAUCACCACUACUGCAAGUAAUGUGUCCAAGUCCAAGCUGCUGUUAUGAAUAAACUGAACUGUGAGACUGAAGUUUACUAAUACCUUGGCAUGGCAGAAUUUGCACAUUAAAUAAUUUUUAACUGUGGAAAAUUAGAAUUUUAUUCUAGAAUGGCUAGAUUGUAAUGAGACAAAUCAGAUUCUGUUUACACAUUGUUACCUCAUGCCUACAUCUUGAAUGUUUAAGUAGUUCAGCAUUUUCAAUUAAGUCAUUGUAUGGUGAGCCCUGUGGGAGCCAACAAUUUUAGAGUAUUACUUCUUGAAGUCAUCUAUAUGGUUUAGCAGCAGUACCAGCAUGUUUCAAAACUUCAGUGAAAACCUUUAAUCCAAAUUAAGCUGUAGCAAACAGUGAAAAGCAAGGACUUUGUGGACUAAGCUAUAAUAUGGAAACUGAAUUUUUAAAAGUACUGAAUAGCAGAUGAGUCCAACCAGUUAAAAAAAUUUGCAUAGUGCAGGAAUCUACUGUAUGACAUGAGAAACAGCUAAUAGUUGUGGAUAGUUUGUCUCUUAACUGUCCCUCCACAUUUAGCUACAGACCUAUAAUUCAAUCUUCUUAACUACUGCAGGAAAUAUAUAAGCAAGAGCUAGACCUGAAUUUUAGGACAGAAGCUGGAUUGUUCAGGAUUGUGCAAUAUUGCUUAAACGGAAGCCUGAAAGAUAGUUUCCAGCUUAUUCCUAGCUGUUACUAAGUGAGCUGCAGUGUGAUCCUAUUCUUUUUUUCUAGUAGCAUCUAUGAGUCACUGUUAAGACUCAAGUCAUGAGUAAACAAACAUCACCUGAUCCUGGCACUCCACAAAGCAUGACCACUCUACCACCUUUAAUCUUCACCCUUGUAUUUUUCAGAUUUACAUGUGUUCAUAAUUAUGCAGAAUUGAAUGUCCAUAAUACAGCUGAAUACAUGCUCAAUACUUACCUGUUGAAUAUUUAAUUUAUAAAUGCUUUCGAUAUAAAGUUGUUCAAUCUUUAUGAUUUUAAUGGCAGUCAUCUGUAUACUUCUGAAUCCUGGCCCCUUAAUUCAUUUUCAGCAGAGGUAAGAACAAGUCUUAAGUAUUUGAAAGGUUAACUGCUCUAGGUAUCCUGUCUUAAAUGCAUUCCUAGAAUGAUGACACUGAAGUACAGGACCACAAUAAAGUAAUUUCUCCAUACCAGAUGUAAUAAUAUGCAGCUUGGGUUAAGAUUGUUUUGUGAACAUCAGCCUUUUAGUUUAUGAAAUACUAUGCUCAUGCUAACUAUUGUCUUGAACUUGCUAAUGUGCUCCAACUAUGAACUAAAAAGUAUUUGUAACCAGCAAUGCACUAGAAGUGUAAAGUGGUCAUGUUCUUGUGAAAAAAAUCUGACAGUGACUGCUAUUUGGGCAGAGAUUUCUUAAAAUACCCAAGGUCAUUGGGUAUCCUAUCUGGAGAAUAUGUUUAAUAGUGCAGUUUGUUGUACACAAUCUUCAUUUUUAUUACUGUUGCAUAAAGUUGAAGCUUUCACUGGGAAAAAAAAUAUACACUUUUGUUUACAAUAAA